GCUAUUUUCAAAAGAAGAAGACGAAAAAAACCCACUCCGUCUCCAAAUAAAUAGAGCUCUUUCCGUAAUCCGAAACCAGCACGGAAAAUAAAAGCCGCCGCAGAAGUCCACUCUGCCUCCGUCCCCGAGAACAAAAGCUGCGCACAGAAUGCCGAUUACUUGUAUCAGAGAUUAGAACAAUUAGUACCCGUCGAUCCGCUUGUAUAAUUUAGCUGUAUCAGAAAACCCCCAUUCGAAUUUGAUUGCCCGAUUCGCGCUCUCGAACCAGCAGUCAAUCAAACAUGCGCGUCGUAGUAAACCAUCCAUAUAAAAAUCCCCCGUCGUCGCCGCCGUCGGAGAUUCAAUGGACUCGAGGGGAAUUGCUGGGUAAAGGAAGCUACGGCGAGGUCUUCGUCGGAAUUCCAAAACCCCCAAAUCCGCCCCCUUUGAUGGCAGUGAAAUCCGCGCCCGAAUACGACGCCAAGUCUCUGAAAUUGGAGCGCCGGAUUCUGGCCAAUUUCAGCCGCAAUCCCAACAUCAUCCAGUACUUCGGCGCCCAAACAACGGAGCACGGCGGGCACAGAACCUACAACUUGCUCCUCGAGUACGCCCCCGGCGGCUCGCUCUCCAAUUUCAUCGCCAAGCGCCGCCGCGGGAUUCCGGAGAUCCAUGUCAGGGUUUGCACUCGAAUGAUUCUGGAAGCGCUGUCGUGCAUCCACUCCCGUGGAUACGUGCACUGCGACAUAAAGCCGGACAACAUUCUGGUGUUUGAGGGAGCAGGAGGGGAGCAUUCAUCGCUGUGUCGGCUUAAGGUGGCUGAUUUCGGGGCGGCGGUGGAAAUUUCGAAGCAGAGUGGUGGAAGGGAGAAGUUGGGGGUUAGGGGGACGGUUAGAUACAUGGCGGCGGAGGUGGCGGCGGCGGGGAUGGUAUCGACGGCGAUGGAUAUUUGGGCGCUGGGGUGCACGGUGGUGGAGAUGAUCACACGGAAGCGGCCAUGGAAGGGUUUGGAGAAGGAGGAAGUAAUGGCGCGACUCGCCGAGGGCAGGCAUCCGGAUAUUCCGGCGGGUUUGUCGGCGGAGGGCAGGGAUUUCUUGGAGGAAUGCUUUGUUACGAGCUGUGUGAAGCGAGCGACGGCUGACUCGGUUCUGAAUCACCCGUUCGUAGCUCGCUGUGACGGCAGCGCGCAGCAGGAAGCAGAUAUUACACCUCCGGCGCAUUCUAAUUCAUAGUAUAAGCAGGACCAGGAGCAGCAGCAGCUGCUGCUUGGAAACACAGAGGAAGAAAUCCGCCUGCAAAAGGUGCGAGUUUUGAUUGCACUAAUUGCUCCCUCUGCUGUUCACUAUGUGAUUUCAAGUGACAUGAUAUAAAUUGUCUUGUCAAACAAUAUGAAUGGUAGUCGAUUUAAGAUUUCAAAUAUGUUGAACAAUGGCAUCCCAUGUGGCUCAUUUCAGGCCAAAGCAAAGUCGGGAACAUGAAAGAAGCAACACUACGAUCAUCGUUAUGGAUGUGGUCAAGACUAUGUACUUCAAUCAUUUUUCAAGACCAAAACAAAGUUCAAGACACAACAAAUGCAACGAUCUCAUAUUACAACUCUGGCACGUGAAAUUGGGUUUAGGUAACCAUUAAGUUACCUACGAUAAUUAGUUUGAGACAUUAGAAACGUGAAAUCGGGUUUAAACAAACAACAAAUGCAACGAUCUCAUAUUACAUAACAGAAAUAAAAGAAUGUGGACAUGAAACAUAAGAAAUUGAUUUAUUAAGAGUUAAUACCUUAUUUUGGCCCAAACUAUAACCAUAUAAUCAACUUUGGCACGUGGUCUCAGAAAUUAACAUCAUGGUCUCAACUAUGCAACAUAUAGACUCAAUUGGCCCGACACAUGGUUUGACCGUCAAUUUGGACGAUCACCACCGUUGAGCGUUAGUAAACGCGCCAUGUCAUUGCCUUGUCAGCCUAAAAAUCAUUAUAAAUUUCAAAUUCAAAU